GAAAAGUUAGUCAUAAGCAAAAACCAAAGGUGUGAAAUUCCAAUGCAGAUUGUUGGGCAAUGAGGCAUUUGAGAGUGAGAGAUGCUCUGGUGUACCAUGAUCAUGUCCUUGCUAUAAAAUCUGGUUUGGCAUCAAGCAUUUUUACUUGUAAUCAACUCAUUCACAACUACUCGAACCAUGGCUUUGUUCAAGAGGCACAGAAAGUGUUCGAUGGAAUGCAUCAACGAAAUGAAUUCUCUUGGAAUGCCAUUAUUAUGGCCUACAUAAAAGCACACAAUUUGACUCGAGCACGAUCACUUUUCGAUUCUGCCUCCCACAAGGACUUGGUUGCUUACAAUUCCAUGUUGUCGGCUUAUGUCGGCGCUGAUGGUUAUGAAACCGAGGCACUUGAUUUCUUUGCUGCAAUGCAAUCUGCGCGCGACACGGUUGGGAUUGAUGAGAUCACUUUGACAACCAUGCUUAACUUGACUGCCAAGCUAGGCAUGGCGUACCAUGGGAAGCAAAUACAUUCAUACAUGGUGAAAACUGCAAAUGAUUCAAGCAAGUUUGCAACAAGCUCUCUUAUUGACAUGUACUCUAAAUGUGGUUCUUUUCACGAAGCAUGCAGCGUGCUUAGUGGUUGUGAUGGGAUGGUGGAUUUGGUUUCAAAGAAUGCAAUGAUUGCAGCUUGUUGUAGGGAAGGAGAGAUGGACAUGGCUUUGAAUCUGUUUUGGAAAAAUCAUGAAUUAAAUAACAUUGUAUCCUGGAAUACGUUGCUUGUAGGAUAUGCUCAGAAUGGCUAUAUGGAGAAGGCACUUGCCUUGUUUGCCGAGAUGAUUGAAAAUGGUAUCGGCUGCGAUGAACACACUUUGGCUAGUGUUUUGAGUACCUGCUCUGGUUUAAAGUGCUUGAAAUUAGGCAACUGUGUUCAUGCUUGGGUGUUGAGAAAUGGUUGCAUUUCAAAUCAAUUUAUUAGCAGUGGCAUUGUUGAUCUCUACUGUAGGUGUGGGAAUAUUAGAUAUGCGGAGUUAGUCUAUGCAGGAAUUGGGAUUGAGAAUCCAUUUGCAGUUUCUUCAUUGAUUACAUGCUACUCAUCUCAAGGUAACAUGAUAGAAGCUCAAAGGCUCUUCAAUUCACUUACAGAAAGAAAUUCUGUUGUCUGGACAGCUUUAUUUUCAGGUUAUGUCAAAUCACAACAAUGCGAGGCAGUCUUCAAACACUUCAGAGAGUAUAUAUCUACAAAAGCUCUAGUUCCUCAAGCGAUGAUCAUUAUUCGUGUGCUUGGCGCAUGUACAAUGCAAGCAGCCCUUAGUUUGGGAAGGCAGAUUCAUGCUUACAUCUUGAGAAUGAGAUUCCUUAUGGAUGAGAAAUUGCUGGGUGCUUUGGUUGAUAUGUACUCAAAAUGUGGGAAUAUUAUGCAUGCUGAGAAAAUCUUUAGACUAGUUAACAACAGCAACAGAGAUGCAAUCUUGUAUAAUAUUAUGAUAGCUGGUUAUGCUCACCAUGGGCUUGAAAAUAAAGCUAUUCAGCUUUUUGAGGAGAUGUCGAAGAAAAGUGUCAAGCCUGAUGCAAUUACUUUUGUUGCACUCCUUUCGGCUUGUCGGCAUUGUGGAUUAGUAGAACUAGGAGAAAAGAUUUUCAUUUCCAUGAAAGAAGAGUACAAUGUAGUGCCUGAUAAUUACCACUAUGCAUGUAUUGUUGAUAUGUAUGGAAGGGCUAAUCAACUAGAAAAGGCAGUAGAAUUUAUCAGGAAGAUCCCUAUACAGAUAGAUGCUACAAUCUGGGGUGCAUUUCUUAAUGUUUGUCAAAUGAGCAACAAUACAGACCUUGUCAAACAGGCAGAAGAGAAACUGUUAAAGAUUGAUGUCGAUAAUGGGUCUCGGUAUGUGCAAUUGGCCAAUCUUUAUGCUGCCAAAGGGAAAUGGGAUGAGAAGGGAAGAAUAAGAGAGAAAAUGAGAGAAAAAGAGGCUAAGAAGGUUGCUGGUUGCAGUUGGAUAUAUGUGGCAGAUGGUAUUCAUGUAUUCACUUCUGGUGAUGCAUCUCAUACAAAAGGAGAUCCAAUAUAUGCAACUUGAUUGUGCUUGAAUGUAAAUUUGUAUUUACCAUUCACAGAACUAGUAGCUAAAAUAUUAUUUUGGAGGUCUAUUUUUCAACAGAAGAUUUGUCAAACUCGGUGAU